AUGGAGCAAGCGGGUGGAAAAGAGAACCUCGCUGUCAGUGAAGUGCAGAAGGGCUGGAGCGGGCGCUGCAGGGUCUCGCGGGACAAAUUCCGCCUGGUCAUCGCCAGUACCUUGUACGAAGACGGCACGCUGGACGACGGCGAGUAUAACCCUACGGACGACAGGCCAUCCAGGGCAGACCAGUUCGAGUACGUGAUGUAUGGCAAGGUGUACAGGAUCGAAGGGGACGAGACCUCCACGGAGGCAGCCACGCGCCUCUCUGCCUAUGUGUCCUACGGGGGGCUGCUCAUGCGGCUGCAGGGAGAUGCAAACAACCUGCACGGGUUUGAAGUGGACUCUCGAGUUUCCCUGCUGAUGAAGAAGCUGGCCUUCUAG